ACACGUUGAUGUCCCCACGGAGAUGAGUCCCCUCCAUGGUCGUCUUGGGCACACCACCGAACAGCAUCAGUAAAACACCUCGCUUCAUCAACGUGUGCUUCAACGAUGAGGUGAAGCGAGGUGUUCUACUGAUGCUGUUCGGUGGUGUGCCCAAGACGACCACGGAGGGGACUCGUCUCCGUGGGGACAUCAACGUGUGCUUCAACGAUGAGGUGAAGCGAGGUGUUCUACUGAUGCUGUUCGGUGGUGUGCCCAAGACGACCAUGGAGGGAACUCAUCUCCGUGGGGACAUCAACGUGUGCAUCGUGGGGGACCCGUCCUGUGGCAAGAGCCAGUUCCUCAAGAGAGUGGAGGAGUUCAGUCCUCGUGCAGUGUACACUAGUGGCAAGGCCUCGACAACAGCUGGACUCACAGCUGCCGUGGUCAAGGACGAGGAGAGUCACGAGUUUGUUAUAGAGGCUGGCGCUCUCAUGCUCGCUGACAAUGGAGUUUGUUGUAUUGACGAGUUUGAUAAGAUGGACCUCAAAGACCAAGUAGCCAUUCAUGAAGCCAUGGAGCAACAGACCAUCUCAAUCACCAAGGCUGGUGUCAAGGCAACUCUCAAUGCUCGUACAUCCAUCCUAGCUGCGGCUAAUCCGAUUGGUGGUCGCUAUGACCGGUCAAAAUCACUCAAGAUGAACAUCCAGCUCACUGCCCCCAUAAUGUCGCGCUUUGACCUCUUCUUCAUCAUAGUGGAUGAGUGUAACGAGGUGACUGACUAUGCCAUCGCUAGGCGUAUUGUGGACCUCCACAGUCACAAGACAGAGGCAGUGGAGCGUGUCUAUUCCCUCGAGGAGAUCCAACGCUACGUAUUGUUUGCCCGUCAGUUCAAGCCUCGUAUCAGCCCCACCUCUGGUGAGUACAUGGUGGAGCAGUACAAGAAGUUACGGCAGAGAGACUGCUCGGGCGUGGCUCGGUCGUCAUGGAGAAUCACCGUGAGACAGCUGGAGAGUUUGAUACGACUCGCGGAGGCUAUGGCCAGGAUCCACUGCUCUGAUGAGGUACAACCUAAGCAUGUGAAGGAAGGCUUUCGUUUGCUCAAUAAGUCCAUUAUUCGUGUGGAGACUCCGGACAUCAACUUUGACGAGGAUGAACAGAUCAUCAAUGUAAUAAAUGGUGACUGCAUGACCAAUGGUGAGAAUGGUGUCAAUGGCGAGAAUGGAGUGAACGGCCACACUCCAAUAGACCAAUCAGAUCCAUCCACCCAACCGCCGGUGAAAACCAAGAAGAUACGAGUUACGUAUGAGGAAUAUCGUAUCAUCUCCAACCUGCUCAUCCUGCACAUGCGUCAGAGCGAGGAGGCAGACAAAGAUUCUAGCGGAGUUCGUGAAGGUGACCUAGUGAACUGGUACCUGAAGGAGGUGGCUGAUGAUAUAGAGAAUGUGGAGGAGCUGACGGAGAAGAAGCUCCUCGUGGAGAAGGUCAUCGAGAGACUUGUGCAACAUGACCACAUUCUGUUGCCGUUGGUGAUGUGGGAGGAGUCAGACAAAGAUCCAUUCCUGGUGGUUCAUCCCAACUACGUCGUUGAGACAUGAACACAUCGAACAUUAUUUUGUUCAACGACUUAUAAACUUGGCAAACAUUUUUACCAGUUAUAUACAUGUACAUGUAUUGAACACAUACUUAUA